AUGGCCACGCAAUUAUUUGAGACAAACGGCGUCCGCGUCGCCGUCGAAGGCUGCGGCCACGGCAUGCUCAACGGAAUUUACGCCGCCGUCGCCACCUCGUGCGCGGAGCGUGGCUGGGACGGCGUCGACAUCCUCAUCAUCGGCGGCGACUUCCAGGCCGCGCGCAACGCGGCUGACCUCACCGUCAUGUCGGUCCCCGCCAAGUACCGCGCGCUCGGCGACUUCUGGGAGUACUACGCGGGGAAGCGCACGGCGCCGUACCUGACCGUGUUCGCGGCGGGCAACCACGAGGCGGCGUCGCACCUGUGGGAGCUCUACUACGGCGGCUGGGCGGCGCCCAACAUCUACUACCUCGGCGCCGCCAACGUGCUGCGGCUGGGGCCGCUGCGGAUCGCGGCCAUGAGCGGCAUCUGGAAGGGCUUCGACUACCGCAAGACGCACCACGAGAGGCUGCCGAUGGGGCCCGACGAGAUCAAGAGCUUCUACCACGUGAGGGAGGUGGACGUGCGGAAGCUGCUGCUGCUGAGGGAGCAGGUCGACGUCGGGGUGAGCCACGACUGGCCGCGGGGGAUCGAGAAGUGGGGCGACGAGAAGGCGCUGUGGAAGAUGAAGCCCGAUUUCGAGGCGGAGUCGAGGGAUGGGACGUUGGGCAACGUGGCGGCGGAGUAUGUUUGUGAUCGGCUGCGGCCGCCGUAUUGGUUUUCGGCGCAUUUACAUUGCAAGUAUGCUGCGUUGAAGACUUACGAGGACGGGGCUGCUGAGGUUGUCGCUCCGGCACCUGCUCCUGCGCCUGAGGGCAACCCCAACGAAAUCGACCUCGAUGGCGAUGAGGAAAUCACAGAUGCCCCCGCCGCUGCUCAAGGAAAUCCUAACGAGAUCAACCUUGACGAUGACGACGAUGAGGAGAUGACUGCUACAGAGAAACCGGCCAGCACGAAAGAAGACGCCAGCAAGGAGGAAGACACCAGCAAGAAGACCACAGUCUCCGAAGAGCUGCGCGCCCAGCUGCCCGCCUCAUUCGCCCGCCCUCAACCCCAGCCGAAGCGAACCCCAGGCCAGCCCGUCCCGCCGACCAUCACAAACAAACAAGUCAAGUUCCUCGCCCUCGACAAGUGCCUCCCCCGCCGGCACUUCCUCCAACUCCUCGAAGCGCACCCCCACAACGUCCCGCCCGCGGACCAGCCCGCGCCCGUCCGCCCCUUCCGGCUGCAGUACGACCCCGAAUGGCUCGCCAUCACCCGCGUCUUCCACCCCACGCUCAAGAUCGGCGACCCGACGGCGCAGCCGCCGCCGGACCUGGGCGAGGAGCACUACGCGCCGCUCAUCGACGCGGAGCGCGCGUGGGUCGAGGAGAACGUGGUGGCCCAGGGCAAGCUGGACGUGCCACUCAACUUUGAAAUCACGGCGCCGCCUCAGGCCCGGGGCGAGCCCGAGUCGGUGCCGCACCAGCCGUUCGAGUACACCAGCCCGCAGACGGCGGCGUUCUGCGAGAUGAUCGGGGUCGAGAAUAUCUGGGACGCGAGCGAGGAGGAGAGGUUGGAGAGGAAGGCCCGUGGACCGCCUGCCGCGGAGUUUAGAGGACACCGGGGCGGUGGGAGGGGUCACAGAGGUGGUGGACGCGGUGGAAGAGGCGGACGAGGCGGCGGCGGUCGAGGAAGGGGAGGACGGGGAAGGGGCGGUCACUGA